CACACACACACACACACACACACACAGGCGCGCGCACACGCUGUCAGAGGAGGAGCAACAUCCAGUUACUUUCUGCUUGCCUCCAGUUUGUCCACAGAGGUGACAGUAACAUGGAGCACAUGAAGAGUGCUCAUCCACGUCACUGCAUAUUUGUAAGGUGAGAUUCGGCAACAAACUUUGAAGCAUCUGUCACCAAAUCUGAGUGGACGCAAUGGAUACUGUGAAUACUAGCAGCGGGGGUGAAGCUGGCCUCUUCUCGGCCAGUCCUUACACCACUGUGGAGAUUGUGCUCAUCAUUCUGGUGGCGGGAUCCCUCAGUCUGAUCACCGUCAUUGGAAACAUCCUGGUCAUGCUCUCUAUAAAGGUAAACAGGAACCUGCAGACCGUCAACAACUACUUCCUGUUCAGUCUGGCAUGUGCGGACCUCAUUAUUGGCGUCGGCUCCAUGAACCUGUACACCGUCUACAUCGUGAUUGGCUACUGGCCCUUGGGAGCGGUUGUGUGUGACCUGUGGCUGGCUGUGGACUAUGUGGUCAGCAACGCCUCAGUCAUGAACCUCCUGAUCAUCAGCUUCGACCGUUACUUCUGCGUCACCAAGCCUCUGAGCUACCCGGCGCGCCGUAGCACUAAAAUGGCCGGUCUGAUGAUCGCCGCCGCCUGGGUUCUGUCCUUCGUCCUGUGGGCGCCGGCUAUUUUGUUCUGGCAGUUUAUUGUGGGCGGGCGAACCGUGCCGCCUGGCGAGUGCUACAUCCAGUUCUUCUCCAACCCAGCGGUUACAUUCGGCACGGCCAUCGCGGCCUUCUACCUACCCGUGGCCAUCAUGAUCUACCUUUAUUGGCGCAUCUCCAGGGCCAGCCGUAGCCGAAUGCAGAGGGACAGCAGGAAGACAUCCGGCACCAGUGUCGGAGAAGCUCACUCUCACAGUCAGGAGGACGCAGGUGAGAAUCAGAUCCUGAACAGUUGCAUUCAGAAGAUGAGGGAGCAGCUCAGGGAGGCUGUGCAGAGCACGGAGAAGGAAGCACCGCAGCAGUGGAACGGAUCCGCUCCUUACAAGGAAGACAAACCCGAGCAAGUGGAACCGGAGGCGGACAGUGUCCAACCCUCCACGUCUACGGAGAACGAGGUCCCCGUUUCGGUGCUGAAGGGACUGAAUGCCAUAAGAAGGAUGAACCAAAGAGAACCAGCUUCCAGAGCAACGUCCUUGACGGACUGUCAAGCCACAAGAACAAUGCUUAAGGUGACAAAGCAGAGCGCAGUGGCCAAGUGGCGCAAGAAAAGCACAUCUUCGAGGGAGAAGAAGGUGACGCGCACCAUCAUGGCCAUCCUGGUGGCUUUCGUGGUGACGUGGACGCCGUAUAACGUGAUGGUGCUGAUCAACACCUUCUGUUCCAUCUGCAUCCCCAACACCCUGUGGACCAUUGGCUACUGGCUGUGUUACAUCAACAGCACCAUCAACCCGGCGUGCUAUGCCCUUUGUAACACCACCUUCAAAAACACCUUCAAGCAUCUGUUACUGUGCCAGUACAAGAACAUACGAGCAAUGCGGUGAGGCUGCUCUCGACGCAGACUCAGAGGACCAAAUGUAAACUAAAUGUCGAAAUGUCAGCAUGUCUUUCAAUGUACAAUGGAACUUUGACUUAGAAGUGCCCCAACUUUCAAUUUUUUGCCAGGUCAGAGCCUAAUACAUUUUUUUUAGUAUGACCAGAUUUGAGCCUCUCCACCCAAAGUCUUUAAGUUUGCCACAGGGCUCAUUACCAGGGCCUCCUGUCAUUGAAUGGAGAUGUUAAGAAACAAUCUGCUAUUUGUAGGCAGUCCAACUGAAGGUGAUCACUCAUAUGGAUUAAACACAAGUACAAUGGUAUCGUGACUUACAAGUGUCCCAACGUACGAGCUGUUGCUUGGUCAUUUUUUUUUUUUUUUGCUUUUGUGUUGAGAGUUUAGAGACAAAAUAGAGGUAUGUCCUGCUGCUCUAAUGAAGUUAAAAAAUAAAUACAUAAAGAAGCACUUACUCUGGAAGAACAAUUACUAUUGCCGGAGAUAUUUGGGGACCUUCACUGCCUCUCCUUGUUGCUCUUCAUUGUAUAAUUUCCAGUAGAUCUCAGUGCUCCCUAGCAUGAUUUGGCACAACACAGUACUAUAAUGAAGGUGUGCAACUCUAAAUUCGUACAUGACUGUAUAUUACAAAUAUCUGUAUAUAGAUAGAUGGAUAGAUAGACAGAUAGAUAGAUAGAUAGAUAGAUAGAUAGAUAGAUAGAUAGAUAGAUAGAUAGAUAGAUAGAUAGAUAGAUAGAUAGAUAGAUAGAUAGAUAGAUAGAAUUUGGGUGCAAAAUGUGAAGUAGAAAUAGAUGAGGUGAGUUUCAUCCUGAUUGUCAUGAUGUGUUUACCCUGUUUUAAAACAAACGACACAGUGUAAAGUGGUACUCAUCAUGUGUCAAGUGUAUGACAAUGACCAUAAACUAUUAGGACACAUUGUGUUAGUGUAAUGUUGAAUCGUGUGUCUGUGCAACUGUGUUCAUGCUCGCUCUUUGUUGAGCGCAGGUAGUGAAACUAGUCUAAAUAUGAUAUUUAUUAAUACCUUUAUUGCGCUCUCUCCCUCCCUGACUUGAUGUUGACCUAAAACAUGAACAAUAAAUCAUGGCAUGAAAAUAAAUGUUGUGGUAUAUUUAAAUAAACUGAAUAAAUGGCUGGAGCACUUUCUGUGAUUUAUAGCAAUGAGAGGGAGCGGAAGAGCAAAGGUUUUUUCUGUAAUGCCUCGAACUAGCUCUCAAUUCAAAGGACGGCGUGUUUGUUUUCUGUGGGAAGUCCUUCGGACACGAUGGGACACUUACGCCCUCUAGUGGUACAAAAGUUAACCACAGUUGAGAGGUACCCAGCGUUUGCUGAUGAUGCAUUCAUUCAUUCGGACAUGCGUAAAACUACACUGGAGGAACAACGCUUCUCAAUUUAAAGGCAAAUAAUAAUUUGGCUAACUGUCAGUGAUGUGUGGAUCGAUUCUGUAACAUUGAUUCCCUCGAUAGCAGGUAUUUGUGCUCCAAAAUUGAUUCUCAAAUCACAGCUACUUCGGUCAUUUGAGGUCAUUUAUAUUAUUAACAAUAACCCCAGUGGAAAUGUAUCCGUUGCGGUCUUGUCUAAAAUGAUCCACGUGUGUGUGAGCUCAUACACAAACACAUGCAUGAAAAAAGACAUGUUGCACAAACGCUAAAGGAAAUACAUCGUAUAAGAUUAUCCUAAACCACUGUGACUCUAUUAAGGAAGGAAACAAUUAAAGUUGUCACAUCACA